GGGAAUUUUUACUACUACAUAAUACAGAUCCAAUCCAAGUCAUCUGGAGACCAAAUCUAUGAGCUAUAAUGAUGAUCAUCACAAAUCUGCUCAAGACAUUAUUCUAUCCAAAUCUUAUACUGAUCCUCAUGUCAAGUCAGACUCUGACCUUUAUGCCUGCAAAGUGGAAUUCCAAGACACAUCAUAUCAUAACUCUUGAAGCGAUUUUACAGACAACUGCUGAUAUCUGCAAAUCACGAGCGCUCCAGAAGGGACGAAAUUUGGAUCUGCCAGACACACUGACAGUUAGGUCGGUGGCAGGAAGCUGUUACUCAUCUGAUUCAGCCAAAGAUUUUCAAAAGAGCAUUGAUCAGAUAAAUCAUAACAAUGCGUGGGUUGACUUCUGGCAUGUUCGUGAUGCACCUUACCAUUUUGACAAUGAGCAGUUUCUGGCUGGACGAGGAGUUAUUACUGAUGGCCUUUUUGCUGUCAAAUACAGUAUGAAGGAGCAGAACUAUGAAGCUGCCAGAGAGGCACUUGGUAAAAUCCUACACACUUUGCAGGAUUUCUACAGUCAUAGUAACUGGAUUGAAAUGGGAAAAAGAGAACCCUUUUCCAACCUGAUUAAACCAGACACCCCAAUUACCAACAUAGCUGAUUCAGACACAUGCAAGAAAUGUGAUGAUGACGACAACUGCCCAGAAAACAUCCUGCAGGAUGUCAUCACACAGCAGAAAUUAACAACAGGAUACUCUGGCAUUUCCAAACCAAAAGGAAAGUGCGCUCAUGGAGGAGCAGGUUUUACACCAAGUCUGGGAACAGAUGGCAUAAAUAAGGAUUCUCCAACCGCCAGCCAUGGUCAUCUACAUGAAAUAGCAGCAUCGGUAGCCACUGCUGCUACCAAAGAACUACUGCAGGAUAUUAGAGCAGCAGUUGGAGAUUCUGAGUUUCUUAGAAUGUUGGGACUCAGCCAGACUGCAGUGCUUUGUUUUGUUAUAGACACCACUAGCAGCAUGUCUGAUGACAUAGAUGAAGUCAGGAGAAUUACUUCAUACAUCAUUGACAGUAACGCAGGCACUACAGCUCGAAGUACAGAAUACAUCCUGGUGCCAUUUAAUGACCCUGAUUAUGGCCCACUUAUAAGAACAAAUAAUCCUAAUGUGUUUAAACAGCAACUCAAUAAACUUACUGCUGUUGAUGGAGGAGAUUCUCCCGAAAAGUGUCUCUCAGCACUUCAGCUCGCCCUCACAGGAUCUCCAGCACAGACACAGAUUUUUGUUUUCACUGAUGCUGAUGCAAAAGAUAAAGGAUUGAAGAACACUGUGCAAGCACUGAUUGAGAGAACAAAGUCUGUAGUGACUUUCAUGCUAACUAACACCAUUAGUUCUCGGCGUCGCAGGAGUGCUGACCGUGCAGAUGGCCAGCAACUAGUUUCCCCUCAGCUUUUCAAUUCACAGAUCUACCAGGACCUGGCUCAUGCCUCUGGGGGCCAUGCUAUUGAGGUCACCAAAGAUACCUUGUCCCAAGCUACUGACAUUAUUGCAGUUACUUCCAGAUCUACACUGGUCACACUUUUCCAGGCUGUAAGAAACCCAGGAAAAGCUGAAAAAUUCUCAGCAUUUGUGGAUUCUUCUGUGCAAAACUUGACAAUUUACAUCACAGGCAACUCUCCAGAAUACACCAUCACCAGUCCCUCAGGAGUCUCACAAAGCAGCACUGUACUAAAUGGGGCUUUGGGGCUUAUAAAGAAUGUUGGUAACUUCCACACAGUGCAACCAGCUAUUACAGAGCAGACUGGAUGGUGGGUUUUCGACAUGAAAUCAACACAGCCCUACAGCAUCAGAGUUGUUGGUCAAAGCCAGGUUGACUUCCUCUUUGACUUUGUAGAAUCUUCACAAGAGCUUCACGCAAGCUAUGUUGCAUUAAACAGCAGGCCUGCAGCAAACACCAAUGUCACCCUGUUGGUGACCAUGGUUGGUGGGGAGACCGUGCAGCCAACAGAGGUGUCUCUGAUAGAAACGUCAAGUUCGAAUUCUUUUAAAGGGAUACUAGAAUUUGUAGCUAGUGGGCAGUACAUGGUGACCUUCAACAGCAUUCCAGUAGGAAAGUUUACUGUUCAUGUGGAUGGACAGAUCGGUCCCUCACGAGCCUCAGAUAACACCUUUCAGAGACAAUCACCAACUCAAUUCCAAACAUCAAGUGUAAACAUAACCACUCAACCAGUUGGAACAAUGGAACCAGGAAAACAGUUCACUCUGCCUUUCACUGUUUCAACCAAUGGCACUGGUGGAAUCUUUAAUAUCAGUGUCAGCAAUGAUCGCAAUGAUUUUGACACUCGCUAUAACUCGUCUAUAACCCUCGUUAGUGGGGUCAGUGUGAAUGGCUCAGUAACUCUGUCUGUUCCUGAAAAUACUCCCUCUGGAACUGAUGUCACUGUGACAAUUGAAGCUGAAGCACCAAAUGGAAGUGACUUCAACUAUGUUGUGCUGCGUCUUUCUGUCAUUGCGGCGGUAAAAGAUAUUAAUCCUCCAGUUUGUGCUGCAGUUAGUGUAAAUGCUGUCUGCUCAGGCAACUGCAGCUUCUCCUCAUGGUACCUCACUGCCAAUGUGACUGAUGGGUCGGGUAUCCAGAGUAUAAGAGUUAUCAAGGGAAACGGCACACUCAGCACCACCAGCGUGCUCAGUUCCACAGGCGUGAACGUCACUAUGGUGGACUACAGCUCCUCCUGCUGUUCUCGAGAGUUGGAACUGGUUGCUGUGGAUACAGUGGGAAAUGUUGCCACCUGCUUCAAAUCUGAAGCUGCACCAAGCAUCCUUACUUAUGGUGUAGAAUUUUGCUUGUUUUUAUCAGUCUGUCUUUGGCUUAAUAUAGGAAUAUCAAUUUACUGAUUCAUGCAGCACUAAGAAGAACAUCUAAAUGUAUCUGAAAUGGAAUAAUAUCAGCAUAAAAUGAGUAAGUAACUAGAAGGAAAUAUUAAUUGUAUUAUAUACUCAGUGAUUUUGAACUCUGAAUGUAUUCAUGAAUUAUUAAAGAAUUAUUAAACGCUAUGAAUUAUUAAAGGCUGUAAUUUCAUGUGAAUAAUUAAAUGUCAGGGCACCCAGAUAUCCCUUAUGUUAAGUCCGUUAAUGAAUACCCCACAAAAUGGUGUUAACUGCUGUUAAUAUCUUUUUUACAGUAAUUCAUCACAGGAAAUGUUUAUGAGGAUGAUU